UGCAAAGUUUGUCGGUACAUAGUCCGUUUGGUUGCGGCCUGGCUGACAUGGAAAUUGUAUCAGAACAUCGGCGAGGUCUGUGUAGCUCUUUCAGUUUGAAGUGCAGGAUGUGUCUGAGGAAAGAUGUAGUCACAACAGAGGCACCAGUUGAUCAACUUGUUCAACAACGCAUGGACGUCAAUUCCUCAGCAGUGAACGGUAUCGUGUCUAUAGGUUCUGGUUUCUCAGGCCUUCGCGAGCUCCUAGGUGCUCUGGACAUACCCGGCAUGGCUGGUAGCACGUACAGUAAGUAUCAGGAUAUUGUUGCUAAAGGAAUCGACGAAACAGCUUGGGAAGAAAUAAGAAAAGCAGGCAUUGAGGAAGCUCGGUUAGCUAGGGAGGCUGGGGACGUCGAUGCUGACGGUUUUCCUAUAAUUACGGUCGUUGCCGAUGGUGCUUGGUGCAAACGUUCAUACAAGAACAAGUACGACGCUCUUUCUGGCUUGGCUGUAAUUGUUGGGUACCGCACAAAGAAAGUACUGUUCCUAGGCGUCCGGAACAAAUUUUGUACACUGUGCGCAAGUUCCAAGGCAGGGUCGAGCCCAAAAAAGCAUCUGUGCUUCAAGAACUGGGACAGCAGCUCUACCAGUAUGGAGAAGGAUAUCGUCGUUGAAGGCUUCAGGCGCAGCAUUGAGUUGCACGGGGUAAAGUACUUGCAGUUGAUCGCUGACGGUGAUUCGAGCACAUACAAGUCAAUUCUUGAAGCUGCACCGUACCAGCAUCAGGUAGUUCAGAAGGUAGAAUGUCGCAACCACCUUCUUCGAAACUAUGUAAGUCGUCUUCGAGAUGUUGCUUUGGCAAAGAGAACAACCCCCAUUCCCCCAUCGUUGAAGAAGCUACUUCUGGAUAAUGCUGUUCGACUAAGAGUUGGAGUUGCUAGGGCUAUUCACUAUCGCAAAGAGCAGGCCGAGUUCAGCAAACAAGAUCAGAUUCGGAACCUGGUGGCUGAUAUCCGUAAUGGGCCACUCCAUGUGUUCGGCGACCACACUGGACGGCAAGGAGAAUGUCCCCCGCCUAGUGCAGAGGGUUUUUGUUCAAAUCUUCCUCAAGUGCCGGCAGAGUACCAUACCCCGCUUACAGUACCAGUCACCCCCUAUGAAGUAUACGAAACCAUCCAAGCCAUGAAGACGGGAUCAGCUCCAAUGCCAGAUGGGUUUCCCAUAGAGUUCUACAAGCCUUUCUGGCCGGUUAUAGGAAAGGGUCUGAUAGCCCUGUUGAAUGGGAUUCUAACACUGGUGUCAUGCCAGCUUCCUUCAAAUGUGGUCGGAUUGCCACUUCCUCCAGACAUAUACACCCCAGAAAUAAACAUCCUCGGCGUGCUUUUCACACAAGCCGGAGCCAGCGAGCGAAACUGGAUCGUGAUCUUGGAGAAACUUUCUGGACAAAUUGAAGUGGCCCAGCCGUUCAACUUCUCUUUCCAAGAACGGGUGCUCUUGAUCAAGUCAGUGUUCUGUAGCAUGUUGUGGUUUUACAACUUUAUCAAGUACGUCAAAACAUCAGAGGGCAAGAAGUCCUAUUCUGUUUCCUAA